AUGUUAGCCCUCAUACCAACGGUCAACACAACAACCAAACCAUACAUACCCCUCCCCGACUCCCUUUCCCACAAGAUGAAAACCCUUAUCGCCAUCUCUCGCCGGGUGGAAUCCCUUCUUUAUGGCCUUUCCUAUGGACUAUUCACCACAGAACUCGAGCAUCGCGAUGCGUACACCCGUAUGACACAUUUACGGAGCAAGUACGCAGCGCUACGUCCGGAAGUCGAUGCUGAGCUUGUGUAUCUAGGAUAUCGAACUGGUCUGGAUGUCCCAUUCUCAAAUGCGUCAAGCGGGCCGGCAUCGCCGUCAAGUAUCAUCCCGCAGGGACACAAAAAGGGUGGUCACACGCAUAGGUAUGGACCUACGAGUCCUCAGUAUACGGUUGACAAAGCCCUCAAACGCAAAGCCAAUAAGAUACCCAGUCCGUUCACCCAGCCUGCGUUCAAGAAGCAAAGAAUGGCCAGUACAGAAAGCGACUUCGUGGAAACGGACUGUGAGAGCGAGAGCGAGGGGAAGAGGAAGCUGGAGGUGGAGGCUCGGUGGCCGCCGGAUCCGAUCACUAGCUUGGCGAGUAUGCCGUUGGGAAAGAGAGAGAGGGAGAGCUUGGAGAGAUGGAGCUGGGUCAAUGCGAUAACUAGGAAGGGAACGAGGAGGGAAGCGGAAACAGAGAGGGUGGAGAGUCCGCUGGGGACCACGGCAUGUUGGUAG